GCCGGGUAGAUGAUACUCGUACAGCAGCGGGAGAGAGAGAAUCAGUAAGAGCUCACCAGAGGCUCACACACAUCACAUUAUCUCUUACUCUUCGUCUUUAACUUGGAGUCUCUCAGCCAACAAUGCAAGGAGCUCUAGCAGCCAUGGCGCUUCACACCAUCCUCACCUCAACCCCGUCUCAUUCUCUCCUCUUCCCAAUCUCAACCCCUAACCCAUCAUCACCACCACCACUCCACACUUCCUUUCACGGCCUCUCCCUCAAGCUCACCCGUCAAUCUCUGGCUCUCACCAAUGCCACUUCCGCCACCGCACCGAAACCCCUCUACGUUGUCGCCGCCGCCAAGAAAGCCGUCGCCGUCCUCAAGGGCAACUCCAAUGUCGAAGGUGUCGUUACCCUCUCCCAAGACGAAGGAGGUCCAACGACUGUGAAAGUUCGCAUCACUGGACUCACUCCCGGACCUCAUGGGUUUCAUCUACACGAAUUCGGUGAUACGACAAAUGGAUGUAUUUCAACAGGAGCACAUUUCAAUCCAAAUAGCCUGAAACAUGGAGCUCCUGAGGACGAGGCUCGUCAUGCGGGUGACCUGGGAAACAUAGUUGCCAAUGCCGAUGGGGUGGCGGAAGCAACAAUCAUGGACAAACAGAUACCAUUGGGUGGUCCUAACUCUGUCGUCGGAAGAGCCCUUGUGGUACAUGAGCUGGAGGACGACCUUGGAAAGGGUGGUCAUGAACUCAGUCUUACCACUGGCAAUGCAGGAGGGAGAUUGGCUUGUGGUGUGGUUGGUUUGACGCCCAUAUAAUGAUAGCUCUUUGUUUGAAAUCAAUCUGGUGUGCACUUUUUUCUGCUUCUCAUAUAGAGGUGGAUGCUCUUUCUAAAGUAAGGGGUUACUCUGAAAUUGUGUAAACAGCAAUUUUGAAGGGUACUAGUACUGGCAGACAUUCACCAUGUUUUUGUGUACUCGUUUCUUAAAUAAAGUUGAGGCUGGUGUGCACCCAUUUUAUGGAUGAUGUAGACUAUUCUGUUAAUGGAUAAUGUAUGGUUUAGAGAUUGCCAUUAGAUUAUCUUUUUUUAAAUCAGCUUC